GGUUUUCUUUGGGGUUCGAUCCACCUGCUGAAGGAGGAAGUGGAUCACUACACUCUGCAGGUGCACCAUGAUGAAACGAUCCUCAGUGUCAGGAUGACCAAUCCCAUCAUGCAUCACAGCUGCAGAGGCCAGACGGUGGAGCUGACCUUCAGCUACGAUCACCAUGAAGAGCUGGAGGAGGCAGCAGCCAGGGUCUUCAAUAAAGGACCGUGCUCCUCCCGACAACCAGUCAAAGGUGGACCUGUUCAGGUGUCGUCCUGUCAACAUAAACCCAGGAGUCAGACCUACAGUCGGAAGAAAGCCACAAACAAGAGUCAGCUAAGAGUUUUACCUCUGUCGUCUCCAAGCAGUGAAGAGGAUUUCUCUUCUCCAAAGCCCAGAGCCACGGACCGAGCAGAGACGCUCUUUGAUCAGAUCCAACACUCCACUCCCAAACUGAACAAUGUUUUCCAGAUGUUACCUUUGGAUAUUGCUGAUCAUGUCAACAUCUCAGAAGCUAACCUGGCAGACUUGUACCAACCUGUGCCAGUGGUUGAAAAUGGGGAGGAGCUUCAAAUCUCUAAAGAUCAGACUGUGGAGCUUGGAAAUGAGUGCAGCCCUGCUUCUAAAAUGGAAGUUCUGAGGAAGAGGGAGGCUCCAGAUUCAGGCUACCUGUCAGACCAGACUGAGGAUGUGUCGGCCCACAAAAAGAGGGCGGGGCCUCCCAAUAAGAAGGAGGAGUCUAAAUCAGCAUUAACUGAUUAUUCACCUGAAGGGGCGGGGCUAACUGUAGAGGAGGACGUCCUCAAAGAUGGAGUGUGGGCAGUUGGCCUGGGGAGGCAACCUGUAUCUGAACAGGGGGCGGAGCCAGAGUCUCAGCUGGCCUUUGACAUCACAGCUGCCUUCAAAUCCUUUAGAGCACAGCUGGAGCAGCACCUCAAGGGCUGUUGGCAGAAAGAAGAAACUCAAGUUUUUCAGUCGAUGCAGGAAUGUCAACAACACGUCUCGUCACUGCUGAGAGCUGUCCAUCAACACAG